AUGAGUCUCAAAGUUAGAAUUUUAGGCUGUGGUGGAAAUAUUGGAUUUAAAAAUCAAUCCACUUGUUUGAUGUGUUUUUGUGGUGAAUUAAAUGAAGAAACUAAAGUAGCGUUAAUUGAUGGUGGAACAGGAAUAAUUAGAUUAAAAGAAAAAGAAAUUCCAAUGAUUAAAGAUGUUGUUUUAACUCAUGCCCAUAUUGAUCAUACAUGUGGUAUUUCAUUGUUAGUUGAAUCAUUUUACAAUGACGAAUUAAUUCAAGUAUGUAAACCAACUCUUCAUUGUAGUCAUAUUGUGUUAGAACAAUUAAAUGAUAGUAUCUUUAAGAAAGGAAUAUGGAUGAAUUUAAUAGAAAAGGGGUUUAUGACAUUUCAAAGUAUAGAAGAUGGAGAACAAUGUGUUUUGAGUAAUGGAAUUACUAUUACUGCAGUAAAAUGUCUUCAUAGUGUAUUGACCUUAGGAUAUAUUAUUUCUAAUAAAACUAGUGCAUUUGCAUUUACUGGUGAUACAACAUACUAUGAACCUUUUUGGAAAAGAAUUAGUGAAGAGCCUAAAUUAAAGGGAGUGAUUUGUGAAGUUUCUUUAUCGAAUGAACUUGAAGAACGUGCUUUAAUUUCAAACCAUAUGACUCCAAAAAUGUUACAAGAAGGUAUUAAACAUUUAUUACCAGGUAUUAAAGUCUAUGCUACUCAUAUUAAAAGUUAUUCAUACUAUAAAGUAAUAGAACAAUUAAAAGAUUUAGACCGUGAAAUUAUUGUUCUUGAAGAUGAAAUGGUUUUAGAAUUUUAA